CAGAAACACAAUUGAGGACUGACGACAGCUGCACAAGAAGAUGAAACCAUUUCCUUCCUCUUUUCUAAGCUUGUCUCUUAAACCCCACUGGACGUUGGCACAGUGCUGGGAUGACUAUGGAGACCCAAAUGUCUCAGAAUGUAUGUCCCAGAAACCUGUGGCUGCUUCAACCAUUGACAGUUUUGCUGCUGCUGGCUUCUGCAGACAGUCAAGCUGCAGCUCCCCCAAAGGCUGUGCUGAAACUUGAGCCCCCGUGGAUCAACGUGCUCCAGGAGGACUCUGUGACUCUGACAUGCCGGGGGGCUCGCAGCCCUGAGAGCGACUCCAUUCAGUGGUUCCACAAUGGCAAUCUCAUUCCCACCCACACGCAGCCCAGCUACAGGUUCAAGGCCAACAACAAUGACAGCGGGGAGUACACGUGCCAGACUGGCCAGACCAGCCUCAGCGACCCUGUGCAUCUGACUGUGCUUUCCGAAUGGCUGGUGCUCCAGACCCCUCACCUGGAGUUCCAGGAGGGAGAAACCAUCGUGCUGAGGUGCCACAGCUGGAAGGACAAGCCUCUGGUUAAGGUCACAUUCUUCCAGAAUGGAAAAUCCCAGAAAUUCUCCCAUUUGGAUCCCAACUUCUCCAUCCCACAAGCAAACCACAGUCACAGUGGUGAUUACCACUGCACAGGAAACAUAGGCUACACGCUGUUCUCAUCCAAGCCUGUGACCAUCACUGUCCAAGCGCCCACCGUGGGCAGCUCUUCACCAAUGGGGAUCACUGUGGCUGUGGUCAUUGCGACUGCUGUAGCAGCCAUUGUUGCUGCUGUAGUGGCCUUGAUCUACUGCAGGAAAAAGCAGAUUUCAGCCAAUUCCACUGAUCCUGUGAAGGCUGCCCAAUUUGAGCCACCUGGACGUCAAAUGAUUGCCAUCAGAAAGAGACAACUUGAAGAAACCAACAAUGACUAUGAAACAGCUGACGGCGGCUACAUGACUCUGAAGCCCAGGGCACCUACUGACGAUGAUAAAAACAUCUACCUGACUCUUCCUCCCAACGACCAUGUCAACAGUAAUAACUAAAGAGUAACGUUAUGCCAUGUGGUCACACUCUCAGCUUGCUGAGUGGAUGACAAAAAGAGGGGAAUUGUUAAAGGAAAAUUUAAACGGAGACUGGAAAAAUUCCUGAGCAAACAAAACCAACUGGCCCUUAGAAAUAGCUUUAACUUUGCUUAAACUACAAACACAAGCAAAACUUCACUGGGGUCAUACUACAUACAAGCAUAAGCAAAACCUAACUUGGAUCAUUUCUGAUAAAUGCUUAUGUUAGAAAUAAGACAACCCCAGCCAAUCAUAGGCAGCCUACUAACAUAUAAUUAUGUGACUAGGGACUUUCUAACAAGAUACCUACCCCCAAAAAACAAUUAUGUACUUGAAAACCAAUCAAUUGUCUUUAUUUUGCUUCUACAUUUUCCCAACAAAUACUUGCCUGUGACAUUUUGCCACUGGAACACUAAACUUCAUGAAUUGCACCUCAGAUUUUUCCUUUAACAUCUUCUUUUUGUUUUUUUUUGAGACAGAGUCUCAAUCUGUUACCAAGGCUGGAGUGCAGUGGUGCUAUCUUGGCUCACUGCAAACCCGCCUCCCAGGUUUAAGCGAUUCUCAUGCCUCAGCCUCCCAGUAGCUGGGAUUACAGGCAUGUGCCAUCAUACCCAGCUAAUUUUUGUAUUUUUUGUUUUUUUUUUUAGUAGAGACGGGGUUUCACAGUGUUGGCCAGGCCGACCUCGAACUUCUGGCCUCAAGUGAUCUGCCCGCCUCGGCCUCCCAAAGUGCUGGGAUGACCAGCAUCAGCCCCAAUGCCCAGCCUCUUUAACAUCUUCUUUCCUAUGCCCUCUCUGUGGAUCCCUACUGCUGGUUUCUGCCUUCUCCAUGCUGAGAACAAAAUCACCUAUUCACUGCUUAUGCAGUCGGAAGCUCCAGAAGAACAAAGAGCCCAAUUACCAGAACCACAUUAAGUCUCCAUUGUUUUGCCUUGGGAUUUGAGAAGAGAAUUAGAGAGGUGAGGAUCUGGUAUUUCCUGGACUAAAUUCCCCUUGAGGAAGAUGAAGGGAUGCUGCAGUUCCAAAAGAGAAGGGCUCUUCCAGAGUCAUCUACCUGAGUCCCGAAGCUCCCUGUCCUGAAAGCCACAGACAAUAUGGUCCCAAAUGACUGACUGCACCUUCUGUGCCUCAGCUGUUCUUGACAUCAAGAAUCUUCUGUUCCACAUCCACACAGCCAAUACAAUUAAUCAAACCACUGUUAUUAACAGAUGUAGCAACAUGAGACAUGCUUAUGUUACAGGUUACAUGAGAGCAAUCAUGUAAGUCUAUAUGACUUCAGAAAUGUUAAAAUAGACUAACCUCUAACAACAAAUUAAAAGUGAUUGUUUCAAGGUGAUGCAAUUAUUGAUGACCUAUUUUAUUUUCUAUAAUGAUCAUAUAUUACCUUUGUAAUAAAACAUUAUAACCAAAA